AUGAGCCCCAGCCGGCGAUCCCUCGCGCUGCCGCCGCUGGCUCUGGCCGUGGCGCUUCUGGCAGCGCUGCAUUGGCCGGGCGCGGGCGCGGCCACGGCGGCCGAGCGGCGGCUCCUGCUGGACUUCAAAUCGGCCAUCACGGCGGACCCGGACGCGGUGCUCGCCUCCUGGACGCCAACCGCCGACCCCUGCUUGGACUACGCAGGAAUCACCUGCGACCCCUCCACCGGCGCGGUCCAGCGCCUCCGCCUCCACGGUGCCAGCCUCGCCGGCCCACUCUCCCCCUCCCUGGCCCGCCUGCCGGCCCUCGAAUCCCUCUCCCUCUUCGGCAACGCUCUCACCGGCGGCAUCCCCGCCGCCUUCUCCGCCCUCGCCCCGACGCUCCACAAGCUCAACCUCAGCCGCAACGCGCUGUCCGGCGAGAUCCCGGCCUUCCUCGGCGCCUUCCCGUGGCUCCGCCUGCUCGACCUCUCCCGCAACGCCUUCUCCGGCGAGAUCCCGCCGGCGCUCUUCGCCCCCUGCCCGCGCCUCCGCUACGUCUCCCUCGCCCACAACGCGCUCACCGGCCCCGUCCCUCCAGCCCUCGCCGCCUGCCCCCGCCUCGCGGGCUUCGACCUCUCCUACAACCGCCUCUCCGGCGCCCUCCCGGACCGCCUCUGCGCGCCGCCCGAGCUCAGCUACGUCUCCGUCCGCAGCAACGCGCUCUCCGGCGAGGUGUCAGCCAAACUCACCUCCUGCCAGAGCAUCGGCCUGCUCGACCUCGCCGGCAACCGCUUCUCCGGGCCCGCGCCCUUCUCCCUCCUCGCCCUCGCCAACAUCACCUACUUCAACUUCUCCUACUUCGACGCGUCGGGGAACCGGCUCUCCGGCCCGGUUCCGGGGAGCCUGGCGAACUGCGCCAGCCUCCGGGUGCUGGAUUUGGGGGCGAAUGAUCUCGCCGGCGACAUACCGCCGGUGUUCGGGACAAUGCGGUCGCUCUCCGAGCUCAGGCUCGCCGGCAAUGCGGGCAUUACCGGCUCGAUUCCCGCCGAGCUUGGAGGAAUCGAGAUGCUCGUCACGCUCGACCUUGCCGGCCUUGCUAUCACCGGAGACAUUCCGGGGUCCCUGAGCAAUUGCAAGUUCCUGCUUGACCUGAAUUUGUCUGGCAACAAGUUGCAAGGAGCGAUCCCGGACACGCUCAACAACCUGACUUACCUCAGGACGCUCGAUCUCCACCGGAACCAACUCGACGGUGCCAUCCCGGUGACGCUUGCCCAGCUCACACACCUUGAUCUCCUGGACCUCUCGGAGAACCGACUGACCGGGCAAAUCUCCCCAGACCUUGGGAACCUCUCUAAGCUGACACAUUUCAACGUGUCCUUCAACAGCCUCUCCGGCGCCAUCCCCUCGGUCCCGCUCUUGCAGAAUUUCGGGUUCACAGCCUUCAUGGGAAACCCGUUGCUAUGCGGAUUGCCAUUGAACAAUCUGUGCGGUGGUGCACAUCGGCCGCCAAGACGAUUGUCUGUCGCUGUCAUAAUCGUCAUUGUCGCUGCAGCCCUUAUACUUGUCGGGAUAUGCAUUGUUUGUGCUAUGAACAUUAAGGCCUAUACAAGGAGGAGCAGGGAGGAGCGGGAAGGGAAGGAGGAGGAGGCGGUGCUGGUCUCUGAGAGCACACCGAUGGGGUCUCCGGGCCAGAAUGCCAUCAUCGGGAAGUUGGUGCUUUUCACCAAGAGCUUGCCUUCACGGUAUGAAGAUUGGGAGACAGGAACUAAGGCACUGGUUGACAAAGACUGUCUUGUUGGUGGAGGGUCAGUCGGGACGGUGUACAAGGCCACCUUCGAGAACGGUUCGUCCAUUGCUGUGAAGAAAUUGGAGACACUUGGAAGGGUGACAAACCAGGAUGAGUUUGAGCAUGAGAUGGGCCAGCUCGGCAACCUUAACCACCCCAAUCUGGUAAUUUUCCAAGGUUACUACUGGUCGUCGUCGAUGCAGUUGAUUCUGUCAGAGUUCAUGACCAAAGGGAGCUUGUAUGACCACCUCCAUGGGAACCGUCGUAGAAGCAGAAGCAGAGAUGAUGGAGGUGAGCUCUCCUGGGAGAGAAGAUUCAACAUUGCACUCGGAACGGCGCGUGCACUUGCAUAUCUUCACCAUGAUUGCCGGCCACAAGUCUUGCAUCUCAACAUCAAGUCCUCCAACAUUAUGUUGGAUGAAGAAUAUGAAGCCAAGUUGUCUGAUUAUGGAUUUGGAAAGCUGUUGCCUAUUCUGGGUAGCUUUGAACUGAGUCGAUUUCAUGCUGCCACUGGGUACAUUGCCCCGGAGCUAGCAUCCUCGAGCUUGAGAUACAACGAUAAGAGCGAUGUAUUUAGCUUUGGGGUGGUAUUGCUUGAGAUCGUGACAGGGCGGAAGCCAGUGGACAGCCCCGGGGCUGCUGAAGCGGUGGUUUUGCAUGAUUAUGUUAGAGAGAUACUGGAGGAGGGGUCUAAAUCGGUCUGCUUUGACCGGAGACUGAGGGGUUUCAUUGAAGCUGAGUUGGUCCAAGUGCUCAAAUUAGGCCUGGUAUGCACUUCCAACACACCAUCAAGCCGACCAAGCAUGUCGGAGGUGGUGCAGUUCUUGGAAUCUGUUAGAACUAAUUCUUGAUGUUCUGCUAUCUGGAACAUAGUAGCAGGGGAUAGGAUGUUAAAACAGCCAAAGCGUUUUCUGUUCUUUUAUAAAGAUGAAGAUCACAUUCUUCUUUUAUUC